AUGGACUCCGUUGCCGCGCACAGCUACUUGACUGCUAUAUUUCGGAUGAUUACGUUGCAAUAUGAGAAUCGUUAUCUUGGAGAAAUUAUCUUGAUUGGAAAUUUCGUUGGUAGAGUUGUUAAUGCAAAUAUCCGUAUCAAGAUAGCUAAAACGGUCACAACAGUCUCUUGGGACAGCCGUGUAUCACCGGAAUUAAUUGCGUUUUGUUUAAGUAUGCUCCCAACCGCUGUUCUACUUGCUAUUUCCUCUAAACCGGGAGAUAAGACCUUCCCAUCCCUGUGCGCUUACACGAACAGCCAUCGGUACUUCCUUGCGUUUGCCAUUCCGAUACGUGGGUCUCUGGGAUAUAUAUUCUAUGAACACAAAAAGCACUGGAAAGUUGGCACUGUCGUCAAAGUACCACUUAAAGACGGCCUUACGCACUUCUUUCUUGUGGCCUGUGUCUAUGGUCCUGCGGGCUGGAUUUGGUAUAGCAAAGAAGCAUCUCUAGCCCAAAUCCCACAGUGCAUCGCUCUUGCUGCUAAUGUCAUCUUCGGAAGUCGGGCUGUACUCAACCUUCGGCUAGUCACAAAUCAGGGAGAGGUCGACUUCCUGCCUCACGUUCCUUCUCCAAGCCGAACACCGAGCCCACUGACGUUCAGUACGAGGGUAGAGGACGAGGAGGUUGACAUGGAUGUCCCCACAGGAACAGGAAUCAGCGGCGGCACUGAUGUUACUGUCGUCGGAAGUUUGGAUGGUUCUGACAACAGACGCACGCGGACCAUACGGUUUGCCGAUGAUAUCAGAGCCUGA